GAAGCACCGACCAAAUCCAAGUCAGUUCAGUUCCCUGUUAAUCCAGUCAAUGUGGUGCAAGAAGGAGAAGGGGAAAUCAAACCUAGGAAAGGGAACAAGGCUCCAGUAGAUCCUGAGGUAGUGCUCUCUAGGGAAGGGGAUGAGGCGGAAGGCACUAGUGCUGGGGCUGCUGUCGAUCUCGCUGAAAAUGAUGAGGACGAGGGAGAGGUGGUUUCUCCAGGUGAAGUAAUCAUGAGAGAUCGGAUGUUGGUCGGAGUUGGUUAUCACCACGAAGAACCUUUACCGUUCUUUGACGAAGCUCAGCAGCGACGAAACCCAUGUCAACGUAUGGAACGACUCAAAGAGUAUAUCGUUGUGCUCCGUCAAGGCCGUGUUGAACUGUAUCAAGACUGGCGUCUGCCCUUGCAGGAGCAUUUCAAGAAUCAGAAACGACUCGCCUUUAUCAUUCCACUACAACCCGGUCGUACGUCAAUCACUAUAUUCAACUCCACAGAUAUGACCCUCUGUCUGACCACAUCGGCUGGUCGAUUGCACGACGAUCUCGAACAUAUGUUCCAAUCCUCCCGUUCAACCACGAUCAAACAUCGACUCUCUCAUUCGAAACAAGUUCAAUGGCUCCGUCGUCGAAGACAAGGUACUCAUGUUUUCAUUCUCAAAAUUCCGGAGAGAUCACGAUCUCUUGAUUGGUUUUGGGAAUGUUGGCGGGAACUCAGUGGGGAGCUUCCUUCGUGGCUGGACAUCAACGUCUCGGAGUUGUCAAUGUCAAUCCGAUUACAUCUCCCACAAGACGAGGACGAAGUGGGUGGGAAACAUAUGACUAAGCAGUUCAGCCAGGUCAAUACGGUCAACACAUGUUUCGAAAUGAUCAAAGAGGUGAUUGAUGUGGAAGAUCUGGAAAGACAAAGAAGCGUAUAUGGAAGAGAAAAUGUAGAUCUUCGUUUGUGUUGGAAGUCACCUUCGGGUGAGCUGGAUUGGGUGGCGUAUGAUGAUACUGUUGAAGGGAAGAGUAGAAAUUGGGCAUUACUUGCCGGUGUGUCUCGAUGUCAAAACGAGCGUACUCCCGGUACACUUGAGUUACGUCCCGCCGGUCAUCGUCCCCGCUUCCUACGACUAGAAGACGGUACCUCUCUCAUCGAGCCUCCAGGAAUUGAAGGAUAUCUUAUUCGACAUAAAUCUCCCACUUCACCCAGAGAGCACGUUUAUCUUUCUACACAUGAAGGAAAUAUCUACACGUCUACAAUGAAGAACGCUCAUCCUCCCCUAACUCCGGGGAAAGAAAGCCAUACUCCCCGUGAUCUGUUCCCGGAGGUUUUCGAUACUUUCCAACAUGAAGAAAGUGAAAGAAUGUCCUUCUUUCUUCAACACUCAGUCGGAAGUGUCGAUUUGAGAAGUAUUGAAGAGGUCGAACUCUUGCCAGUGACUUGGGGUAGAGGACCAGGGGGAAGAUCGGCCAGAUCCUUCGAACUCGCUCUGUCGAACGAGACAGUCAAGUUCGAAGCUCACACUACCCAAUCAGCGGAGGAAUGGGUCCAAGGCUUGAAGAGAUUGGUGGAAUAUUGGAAGAGACGUCACCGAGUCGAUGCUCGACAAAGGAUGGAUGCUUUGGAGGUGACAGCUUCUCAUGAUCCGUUCGCAGGGACAGAACUGGGGAAAGGGUCAGAUGUCAUCUUGACGGAUAUUUGGGAUUGGUGUACUCUUAAAGGGUGUACACCGGUCUGUCAAGCUGGAAGGUUGUUUGUGAAAAGAGGACCUUAUAGGAAGUUUCGCCAUCGAUACAUUGUCCUCUCCGGAGGAUGCAUAAUCACAUUCAAAAUCAAAUCCUCUCAACCGUUUCAACAUCGUAAAUCCCGUUGGCCCCUAUUCGGAGCAUACGUUUAUUCUGGUAUGUUAGCAGUGGAUGAAUUACACGUAGCACAGGAUCAAGAUGCUUUUACAACUCGACAUAGGGUAUAUCAAGAUGGUCUUCAAAGUUGUGACGGGACGGAAGAUACUACUUUUUGUGUCAGGUUUUUGUUACCUGAGAAUGGAUGGGGGAAAAGACAUCCAUGGGAAGAAGGAGGGAUCAUUCAACCUCCACAACUUAGUGAGAAACCUCCUGCGUUGUUAAUCUUUCGAGCCAGGUCGAAGCUGGAAAGAGAUCGUUGGGUAUGGGCAAUCAACGCAGAGAUGGAACGUCAAUCUCGUUCACAUGUGGAGAUGGGGAAAACAUUACGGAACUUUGGGCAGGUUCCUGUUCGCUGA